AUGAGGACUCUGCAGGGUCACUCCGAGACGGUGAUGGGGCUUGACCUUGCCAUCGGUGAGGUAGAUCAAAAGCCUCAGCUGAUCGUCGCUUCUGCCUCCGAGGACAAGAGCUGCCGAGUCUUUGUAGUAGCGCUGUGGACCGCUGGUGUGGAGGUGACUCCCAGCGGAGUGACUCCCGCGGGCUACGGAGCAUUUGGAGGGGCUGGAAUGCCAAGCGCAUCAUACAGCCGUCCAUCUCCAGCUUUGCAGGCGACUGGUGUGGGCUUAGAAGCUCCUCAAGAGCCUCCUCAAAAAGUGGCAACACCUUCAGCGAGUCCUGGGGAUGCGCCGGAGCAAGGAUGUCCAUCACCAUCAAGUAUGCCAGUGUGA